UCACGUGCUAAAUGACGUUGUGCACACACACUUGCGCUGCCUUUCAGUUGUCAUGGCCGAACAACAGCAUGCAGCCAACUCCAGCAUAGGAGAACACUGACCUUUAUAUUUGUGCAGAUGUGGGGAAGAAGAUUUCUCUUCCCCCAGGUGGUUAAAACAAUUCGCUUCACGUGGAGUCACCGCCGACAUUUCUACACCAUGCAGCUGAAAACCAAGGAGUUCCAGUCAUUAUUCACUGAUGGACUGAAUGCUCUAGCAGAGAUUUUUCAGAAGCAUCAGUUUGAGCUAAGGAUUGCAGGGGGAGCCGUACGGGAUCUUCUGUCAGGGAAACAACCUGAAGAUGUAGAUUUUGCCACUACUGCUACACCUGAGGAGAUGAAGCACAUGUUCCAGGCUGCAGGGAUCCGAAUGAUUAACAACAAAGGAGAGAAACAUGGUACCAUCACUGCCAGGCUGAAUAACCAGAACUUUGAAGUGACCACUCUGCGUGUGGACGUGCAGACAGAUGGGAGACACGCGGAAGUGGAAUUCACAACCGACUGGCAGAAAGAUGCUGAGCGCAGAGACCUCACAAUUAACUCCAUGUUCCUCGGGCUGGAUGGGACCUUGUAUGAUUAUUUCCAAGGUUAUGAGGAUCUCCAGAACAGAACUGUUCGCUUUGUUGGGAAUAGUGCACUUAGGAUUCAGGAGGACUACUUGCGGAUUCUGAGAUAUUUCAGGUUUUAUGGGCGUGUAGCGGCCGAGCCAGGGCAGCAUGAUAUGGACACUCUGGAAGCUAUCCGGGACAACGGAAGAGGCCUGGGUGGAAUCUCAGGGGAGAGAAUCUGGGUGGAACUAAAGAAGAUGCUGGUGGGGAAUCAUGCGGCUCACCUGCUCGAGCUUAUUUAUGAGCUCAGAUUGACUCAGUACAUAGGUCUUCCAGCAGAUGUCAGUAUGGAGGAGAUGAAGCAGGUGUACCAGAGGACUGAAGGCAGCUCUCCUAAACCAAUGACCGUGCUCUCAGCUGUGCUGCGUGGCGCAGAAGACGUGGAAAAGCUGGAUCUGAGGUUGAAGAUCUCCAGAGAGGAGAAGACCCUCGGCCUCUUUCUGGUGAAGCACAGACGAGACCUUGUCAAGGGACACGAUGAGAAUGAUGGCCUGAAGACCUUCACUGAUUUCAUCAUCGACUCUCGAGAGCCAGACGCCCAGAGCAAAGUGCUGGAGCUCCUAAAGUACCAGGGUGAGAGGAAGCUUUUGGCUGAACUGAGCCGCUGGUCCAUUCCACGAUUCCCUGUCAGCGGCCAUGACCUGCGUCGCUUGGGAAUCACCUCGGGCAAGGAAAUUGGUACGACCUUGCAGGAGCUCCGUGAUAUCUGGAAGAAGAGCCACUACCGGUUGGGGAAGGAAGAACUCUUGAGUACCAUCAGCAGGUCCUAAUAUAAGACAAAGAAAACCAAGAGAUGGUUGUCUCAGUGAAGUGCCCCUACCUCCAUACUAUUCACAGUUAACAGAGAGAUGAGAAAUAGAGAGGAAAAACUGGCUGUGUGCAGCAUAAAGUUGUGUAGUUUGGUGAAUCUCCUACCUAUCCUAGCUGCAUGAGAGCUAGGAAUAUUUGGUAAUAAUCUAUCAACACACACACACACACGCACUUAAGGGAUAAACAAAUUCCUUUGGUGUCAUGAUGGACAGACCUUCCCCAUUGCUUCACUUUGUUCAUAUAGUUAUCUUUGCCAUGUUACUUUUUUCUUCACCUUUCUUCACUAUUUAAUAUCAGUAAAGUAGUUUGCCAUUUGACCGUUGCUGAUGAUUCAUUUAAGACCUAAUUUGCCACGAACUUUAUAUUUUUAUGUUUAUUUUGCUUUCGUAAUUUACAUUUAGAAGUCAUCAGAGGUAAAGUUCAGCUGGCUCUGAAAGAGAAAACGUUUGCCUAAUGCAACAACCGUCAUGAGUUCAUUAUGAAGAGAAAAAAAGAUUGUAGGUUGUAAUGUAACACUUAUUCACUUAUUGUCUGAUUUGGAAGUAAACAGAUCUAUAAACUAAAAAGGUCUCUGACGUUUUGUUUUUAAUGGUCCACAUUAACCUUUCAGAGUUUUAUGCAUGAUGUGCCAGCUGGAGUGGAAGUUAAUUACAUGGAUGUAAUUAAUGUGGGGCUUAGCACCGAUGUAA